UUGUACUGUUUUGUUAAGAAAAGCAAGAAAACCAGCCACUGAAAUGGAGUCCCAAGUGCGUCAGAACUACCACCGCGACUGUGAGGCCGCCAUCAACAGGAUGGUGAACAUGGAGAUGUUUGCAUCCUACACCUACACCUCCAUGGGCUUUUACUUCUGUCGUGAUGACGUGGCCCUCCCAGGUUUUGCUCACUUCUUCAAGCAUGAGAGUCAUGAAGAGAGGGAGCACGCUGAGAAGCUGCUGUCCUUCCAGAACAAGAGAGGAGGACGCAUCUUCCUCCAGGACAUCAAGAAACCAGACCGUGAUGAGUGGGGCAGUGGGCUGGAGGCCAUGCAGUGUGCUCUUCAGCUGGAGAAGAACGUCAACCAGGCUCUGCUGGACCUGCACAGGCUGGCCACUCAAUGCCAGGACCCUCAUCUGUGUGACUUCCUGGAGACCCACUACCUGAAUGAACAGGUGGAGGCCAUCAAGAAACUUGGUGACCACAUCACCAACCUCACCAAGAUGGAUGCUCAGAACAACAAGAUGGCAGAGUACCUGUUUGACAAGCACACCCUGGAGGGAAAGGAUUAAGCACGAGUGACACAGAGGCUUCUGCUCCAACUGAUCAUUCUGAGUAUAAUGUUUCUAAUCUGUGUAAUUUAUGACAUUGUCAUAACUUGGUGACAUUAUUGUUUUCAACUUUAUACUGUUUUCUCUUUCUAACAAAUAAUGUGAUUGAAUGUUUCUGAUCUGUUAAUGAGAAUAAAGACAAUAAAUCUU